AUGGCCACAGCCGCCUCCAACCCCUACAGCAUCCUCGCCUCCAGCUCGCUGGUCCAUGCCGACUCGGCGGGCAUGCAGCAGGGGAGCCCCUUCCGCAACCCCCAGAAACUCCUCCAAAGUGACUACCUGCAGGGCGUGCCCAGCAAUGGGCACCCGCUGGGGCACCACUGGGUGACCAGCCUCAGCGACGGCGGGGCCUGGCCCUCGGCGCUGGCCUCGGCCCCGCUGGAGCAGCCGGACGUCAAGCCGGGCCGCGAGGACCUGCAGCUGGGCGCCAUCAUCCACCACCGCUCGCCCCACGUCUCGCACCACUCGCCCCACGCCAACCACGCCGGCGCCUGGGGGGCCAGCCCGGCCCACAGCGCCUCGCUGGCCUCGGCCGCCCAGCCCCUCAACGUCUACUCGCAGGCCGGCUUCGCCGUGGGCGGCAUGCUGGAGCACGGCGGCCUCACGCCGCCGCCCGCCGCCGCCGCCGCCGCCGCCAUGCACCCGGGGCUGCGCGACGGCGCCGAGCACGGCGACCUGGGCGGCCACCACUGCCAGGACCACUCGGACGAGGAGACGCCGACCUCGGACGAGCUGGAGCAGUUCGCCAAGCAGUUCAAGCAGCGGCGCAUCAAGCUGGGCUUCACCCAGGCCGACGUGGGCUUGGCCCUGGGCACGCUCUACGGCAACGUCUUCUCGCAGACCACUAUCUGCCGCUUCGAGGCCCUGCAGCUCAGCUUCAAGAACAUGUGCAAGCUGAAGCCGCUGCUGAACAAGUGGCUGGAGGAGGCCGACUCCUCCACGGGCAGCCCCACCAGCAUCGACAAGAUCGCCGCCCAGGGCAGGAAGAGGAAGAAGAGGACCUCCAUCGAGGUGAGCGUCAAAGGCGUGCUGGAAACUCACUUUCUCAAAUGCCCCAAGCCCGCCGCCCAGGAGAUCUCCUCGCUGGCAGACAGCCUACAGCUGGAGAAAGAAGUGGUGCGGGUCUGGUUUUGCAACAGAAGGCAAAAAGAGAAAAGAAUGACUCCGCCAGGGGAGCAGCAGCCGCACGAGGUGUACCCGCACAGCGUGAAAACGGACACAGCCUGCCACGACCUCUGA